CCCGGCGGCGUGUUUCUCUUUCCGGGGAUUCCCUGUAUCUUGGCGGGUGGACGCGGUUUCUUCAUAGUCCGCCUCUGGCCGCGGCGCACACCGUUCUCCAGUUAUUUGCUCCGCAGGCCCGCAGGCCCCCAGGUCCCGGGCCGCUGCUCUGGCCCUCUCGCCUCCACCGGCUACAGACCCAUGGCCGAGCGUGGGGAACUCGAUCUGACCGGCGCCAAACAGAACACCGGUGUAUGGCUAGUCAAGGUUCCUAAAUAUUUGUCACAGCAAUGGGCUAAAGCCCCUGGAAGAGGUGAGGUUGGGAAACUGCGGAUUGCCAAGAAUCAAGGAAGGACUGAGGUGUCAUUUACUUUGAAUGAGGAUCUUGCAAAUAUUCAUGAUAUUGGUGGAAAACCAGCUUCAGUCAGCACUCCUAGAGAACAUCCGUUUGUCUUACAAAGUGUUGGAGGACAGACAUUAACAGUCUUUACUGAGAGCUCAUCAGAUAAACUUUCAUUGGAAGGAAUAGUGGUACAAAGAGCUGAAUGCCGACCUGCUGCCAGUGAAAACUACAUGAGAUUAAAGAGAUUGCAAAUAGAAGAAUCUUCCAAACCUGUAAGGCUGUCACAACAACUGGACAAAGUUGUGACAACCAAUUAUAAACCUGUUGCUAAUCAUCAGUACAAUAUUGAAUAUGAAAGGAAAAAGAAAGAAGAUGGAAAACGAGCUCGAGCUGAUAAACAACAUGUUUUAGACAUGCUAUUUUCGGCAUUUGAGAAACAUCAAUAUUAUAAUCUUAAGGACUUGGUGGACAUCACAAAACAGCCUGUGGGGUACCUAAAGGAAAUAUUGAAAGAAAUUGGCGUUCAGAAUGUAAAAGGGACCCACAAAAACACAUGGGAGCUGAAGCCAGAGUAUAGACAUUAUCAAGGAGAAGAAAAGAGUGAUUAAGAAGACUUACCCAGCAUGCUAACAGAACAACUAAAGGGUGAUGUGCUGAAGAAACACCACUGAUACUCAAAUACUUGAGUACCGCCUGUUGUAGGGGUGAAAUGACUGGAACUUUAAUUUCCCUAGGUAAAUUUUUUAAACAAUAAUUCUUGUAAAGCUACUUAAGUGUUUUUUUUGAGGAAAAAAAUUAUUUAUAGGCUUGUAUUAAACUAGAUUAUUCAGAAUGGGGUGAGGGGCUGGGGGAGUUAAGAAGGUUUUUCUUUUUAAAUAUUGAGUUUUAAAAUGUAAAAUUAGGAAAUGUUCUCUAAAUGAGGACUCUCUGUCCUUGUUUUAUCUCUGAGGAUCAGAGGUGAUACAAGUCCGAAGUGAAUGGCAAAGCAAGCAAAAAGUAGUCAAUUACAGAAAGUCUUAAAAGGAAUAAAAAGCCAAAGUUCCUUAUUCUGAAAUUGUCCAAGAACAAAGCUGUCUUUAUUUAUUUAUUUUUACAGGUGAUCAUGUUUCACAUUCACACCCACUAAUAAGAGAGCGUUUAUGUUUGUACCUAGGAUAGUUUUCAUCAUUAGCUUGCAUAUUACCCUAGUGUUAGUGACAUGAGAAAUGGAAAAAAUUUUGUCGAAUAGAUAUUUCUUUUAUUUGCCUUUUUUUUAAAGAUUUAUUUGUUUAAGUAAUCUCUAUGCCCAACAUGGGACUCGAACCCAUGACCCCACAAUCAAGAGUCAUGUGGUCUACCGACUGAGCCAACCUGGUGCCCCUCUUUUAUUUUGCUUAUAAAAGAAUUAGAAAUUAAGUGUUUUUCCAAUAAUUCAAGAUAUAUCUCCCCCGUCCAGAUUAUAAGCUUCUCAGAAACUGACUUCGCUCCAGAAUUUUGCUGCAUAUUCAUCAGGCAGGUACCAACUAUCACCUGACAAAUGAUGUUGACAAACAUAAUGGAGGGUUGUAGGGGUGAAGCUGAUAUGUGUUAGGCAGUCGCAAAAACAAACAUCCUCACAAAAAAGACCACCAAGACCCAAGAAGCUUUAACAAAUUAAACACAAGAAAAAGUUGCUUUUUAUUUGUUCA